AUGGAGAAGAUUUUGGCUCCACCAUUUUGCAGGGGGGAAGCAGCGGCGCGGCCCGCGCUGGGGGCUGCCGGGGCGGAGGAGGGGGGCGGCGGCGGCGGGGCCGGGCGCUCCCCGCCCGAGGGGCCGGGCGGCGGCCCCCCCCGUGGCCCGAGCCCCCGCCGCGCCGGGCCCGUCUAUACCGUCAACCUGCGGGUGCUCUGGCCGCUGGCGACCGCUCUCUGCACCGCGCUGCUCUGCCUCUACCAGGCCCUGCGGGGCGGCGCGGCCGGGGAGGGCGCGGCGGAGGCGGGCUCCGUCCCGCUGCUCAAGGGCUCGGCGCUGCUGCUGCUGGGCUGCCUGCUGGCUCGCUGCUGCGGCGGGGCGGGUGGCGGCCCGAGGCCCGGCGGGUUCCGCUUGGCAGUGUCGACGGGGGCGCAGCGCGACGUCCUAGAGCGGUUCUACGUGCGGCAGCUGCGGGUGUCCCCCCACGUGCUGGGGCACAGCAAGGCGCACGUCGGGCGCGUCGUGGCCGAGCUGGUGCGAGCCGCCAAGGCGCAGGGGCUGCAGCCCGGCCCGCUCGCCCUCAGCCUGCGCGGGGACUUCGUGCGCAUCGGCAGCGCCUACGAGCAGCACAAGGUGCGCAGCCCCGACUGCUUCGACAUCCUCGUGCCCCUGCGGCUGCCGCCGCACCUGGAGCCGCAGCCGCGCUGUGCUGAGGGGCUGGGGCCGCACGGCGCCUUCGUCUGCGGCUUGCGGGCGAGGGGCGGCUGGCCGCGCCGCUACCGGCCCUUCGCCGAGGGCUUCUGCGUGGAGCUGCAGGGCCGCUGCCACCUCUCCUCGGCGCUGGUGCUGCGCUGGUUCCAGGGCCACCUACAGCGUUGUCUGGGAGCCGUCCGGUACCGGCUGCAGGAGCGCUGCCGCAUCAGCCUCUCGGCCUGCCAAGGCCGCCCGCCCGUGCUGCACAUCGUGCCCUGCUCCGACUAUGUCUGCUGCCACAUCUCCAUGGCCGUGCGCCUUAUCCCCGCCAUCCCCAUCGGCGAUGCGCUCUACCUCACGGCCCUGCCGCCCGAGGGCCCGCUGCCCACCCCGGCCCCCGAGGCCCUGUGGGGCCUCAACGCCUCGCGGCAGGAGCAGCGGCUGCUGAGCUGGCUGAAGGAGCAAGCCCCGGCCUCCUCCUGCCACCUCAAGUGCCUGCAGAUCCUCAAGGGCCUGCGGGACCUCCGCGGGCAGGGCCUGGAGGAGCCCUUCAGCUCUCAGUGGAGCCGGGUGCUCUCCUCCUAUGUGCUGAAGACGGCUCUGUUCUCCCUGCUCAUGCAGGGGCCCCUGGAGGCCUGGGAUGAGCGGUUCCUGGUGGAGCGGCUGGAGGACCUGGUGCUGUACCUCAGGGACUGCCUGCGCAAGCAGGUGCUGAUGCAUUUCUUCCUGGGCAACACCAGCCUCCCCGAGGCCAUGGCAUUGCCCCGGUUCCUCAAGGAAGCCGCCCCUGUGAACUUGCUGGCUGCCUUCGAUGGGCUCAUGCUGGACCUGACAGCUUUCCAGCUGAUCAACACCUGGAUCCAGGCCCCGCACAUCAUCAGGAUGUACAGCAGCCCCCGGUACUUGCGACCAAUGCCCACCCCGUGCCGGCAUGUCACCGAGGCCAAGCAUGAGCCACCAUCGGAGUGAGCUGGUGUUGUCCAUGGACCCUGCCAGGCAGCGCAUGCUCGCAGCCCGCUGGUCCAUUGAGAGCCCAUGUCUGCCUGAGGAAGGUGGGACCCGUUUCAAUGUGGUUCUGUGGUUUUGUCCCUGCCCUGAGAAGACUGGGAAACCAGAGGCCAAGACUUACGGAAUUUGUGAUUCUUGUUUCUUAAUCUCAUUGCUUGUUCAUGGGGAAAUUGUGAAGUUUCUGGGGAAAUGCGUUAGUAGAGAAGCGUUAUGUUCAGUCAGCCUUUUGCGAACCUGACUAUAACAGGCUCAAACUGACAUUUCUGGAAAUCCAUUUUCACUUGUUGUCUUAGUGGCAUAUUUGACCUUUUUAUGAUAUUUGCUUUUUAUGAUACAAAAUCCAUUUGGGAUUUAAAACUUGUAAGUGCAAACAGCCCCCCUAAUGUACCAAGAUGCUCUUAAAAUGCGAUGAGCAAUGGAGCAUGGUUGUGGAUCGCAGUUUGAAAUGCUCAAUGACAUGCUUUAAAUUUCCUGUGUAAUUGAGUACAUUGUGCUGAAGAGAAAUACAGUGCAUGUGUUAAUGUAAAAUUGGGGGUUUUUCCUCCAGACUGUCUCUGAUAACAGUAUGAAGAAUCUAGUUGCACAUUUCUGUGUGAAGGUUAUACUGAAGGAUUGAAAUAUAGAUAAAAGGAAACAAAUAGCACUUUAUUUUCACAAAGGCCUUCUCUUUAGGAUAAUUGGCUGCACUUAAUAUUGCAUUAGGAGGCAUUAGUAUUUUGUUAAGGGAAUGAUGUUUGACAUCCCCAGGAAAACCUUCUUUUGAGGGAAUGCCAAAGAGGUUGGUUUGUUUGUGGGUUCUUAUUGAGUUGUAUUAUUUUUUCUGUCUUCAAGUAUUAUAUUCUUAGUAUUUGCUUUACCUCAAGGACCAAAAACAAAACUAAGAAAUUGCGUAUUAUGUUUUGAAACAAAUCUUAAACGAGCCCAAAUCUCAUGCUGUAAGCUGACUGCUGCACCUUCCUGCUCUCUGACAGGAGUUCGGUGGGAUUUUUGGAUGACUGCCUAGGCAGUUGUCUGAUCGUGGCAGUGUUUUGACCAAACAACCCAAUGGGAAUUUCUAGUGCUGUGCUAUAGCAAAUCAUUACUUUGUUGUGGGGAGGAGAAAGUGAAGCAUUUCAGGGUACUUCAAAUUAUUUAGCACUGAUUCAUGGUACAGUGGCAGUUUUAGGCUAUGGAUUCCAGUGUUCCCUAAAUAUAGACAUCAGCCAUGUAAUUUCCACUUCUUGCCCAAUUAUGUCCCAGUCUCUGGAAUAACCUGCCGAGUUGUAACACAGCCAGUUCUGCAAGUGUCCUUAACUCCUGGUGUAGGUACCUGGUGCAUGGGAACCUGAUGUGUCUCAUUGUGUCAGCAAAUUCAGCAUUUCAAUCCUCGCAUUACUGGGCUGCCUGCUCAAGUAUUUGAUGUAUUAAGACUCAAAAUGUAUUGCUGAAUUGCUGGCGCUCAGGAGGCUGAGGCCUCAUUACCCACUGUACUGUAUCCUAGGGGAGUAGUUGGAAACAAGUUAUAAAUGACCAAGUGUGCCUUCUGGUUAAGCUUUAGGGUAACUUGAAGUUACUAAUACACUCCUCUCCCUGCUGUACAUAACGAUACCAAUGUGCUUUAUCCAGAGUUCUGUGCAUCAGAGCACAAAGCAAACAUUUUCAAAAUCCAAGAAGCUUUAUAAAAAUCUAUUUUUCUAAAUGGAAACACUCCCUAGGCAGAUGUUUACCUACUUCUCUCUGUUUUUUUUAACUGCUCUUGCAGUCUUAUUUUCAGGUAAUUAUAGCCUAGGUCACACCCAUAAACUGGGUUAUUUUUAUAUAGGAAGCACUGUGCUUCUUUCUACAGAUAGUGUAUUUAUAGGUAGUAUUGAUCAAAUGUUCUUUGCACAUGGUAUUUAAGUUAGCUACCUUGGUGUUUUGGGGUUGGGUUUUUUUGGUAGUAGACCAUGAUACAUACUAUUUUUGCAGAAAUGUGUUACUUGGUGUUUGAAAUAAGAUGCAAUUCUGUGAUCAGUGCCAUUGAAACUCUUGCCCAAAGAAGAACUAGCCAGGUUAUAGUGGCUGCCUGAACUCAUGACAUAAAACCCCUUUAACUAUUAAUUUUGGCAUCUCAACCACUUUAGUUAGCUGUCUGUUUACGUCACUGCAUCCCUGUCUCUGAAAAGUGAUCUUUGCUCUGCAAAGGGAUGCACGUUUGGUGUGUAUUUAGUAUUGCUGCAGUACACAGAAAUCUGUAAUAGACUUGGUAAAAUGUAAUGCCAGGAAGACACAGUCACAUCAGGAAAUGCAUGACGAGGAGAGAUGAUGGAGGAUAUAAAUAGUUCAGAAAAUGAAAGUUGGGCUGCGGGGCAAGUGAGAGUGAUGGUAAACUCUCAGUGAAGACAUACGGCAAAGAAGCCAAAGGACAUGGGAAUAAAAUUGGAGGAGAGGUAUUGAAAGCAAGGUGUACUUGGAGCGUAGGGAAAGGAGGGUUAAGUGGGUUUUGCUUUGACAGUGUUUCCAAAGUGGUUGAAUCCAUAUGGGCUGAACAGUGAGGCAAACCCUCAGCUCAUUAGCCAUGUAGGCAGAUCUUCAGUGUUAAGUUUUUACUCAGCAAGGCAUUUUUUGAGUUUGUGAUGGCUGGUGAUGGGAGAAAAUGUAUGCUCUCUUGAGGAGAGGGGGCUUCCUGCCAGUAAGGCAGUGUGCAUGCAGUUGGUGGGAGGUCUGAGGAAGUCUCUCAGACUAACUUGUGGCUCUGUUGUACAGCUGAGUGUAUUUUCUGUCUCUGCUAUAAAGCAUGCAUUCAUGAAUACGAUUGACAAAAGGAGCUGAUAAAAGUUGGGUUCUGUUAUGGUAUCAUCUUACUCCACAACAAAUGUGAUAAUACCGACAGCAGGCUGGAGCUAUUGCAGGGCCUUAUCUGCAAGGAGAUGUACAGAGAACUUGACCUUCAUGAGUAAUUCGGUGAGCCUUUUGCCCUCUCCCUUUCCUCUCAACCCAUGGAUACUGUACACAGAACGUUAUGAAUACCUAUUUGUUAAGGUCGUAACUAUUAUAAUGUAUCAUAGAUUCAGCAUGGUUGCCUCUGUGUGUGUUAAACUGAAACACAAACACAGAAGUAAGUGCAUGUUAUUUAGAGCUAAUGUGAGUUCUUGGUUCUCUUCAUCUAAUUUCAGCCUAAUUUUGCAAAGACUGUGCAAAUGAAGUUGUUUUCAUUGAACAUUGAUUGGGAAGAGGAGUCACAUCUGCAAAAGAAUAAGUUUAUUUCUGGAACCAAAAUGCAUAUUUGUGACUUUAUUUUGUAUUGAAAACUAUUGUGUAUUUCUGAAAGACAUAAUUAUUUUUUACCUGACUAGGUAUCUUGGAAACAUUCCUCUUUUGAUUUUGAAUCUCUGCAGAGUAAUGUAAAUCUUAAGUGUCUGUUUGCAAUGGACAUUCUUGGUACAACUGUGUUUUGCUGGUUAAUAGUCAGACCAAAGAUUAAACCAAAGUGUUCAGCUGCUAUUGUUUUUUAAAGAAAAAAAAAAAGAAGAAAAAAGUGUUUCUAGGCUCAAAGUGUCAGCCCAUUUUAAUGAAACGUUUAUAAAUUCAUUUCCUAUUUAACAUCAAAAUACUUUUGCACUUUUAUUGUUUCCAUAAAACGUGGGUGGUCUUGUUUUGAUCUUUCACUGUAGUAAUAAACAGCUGUUCUAAA